AUGCACGCCAAGCCUGUUGCUGUGCUCGCCCUCGCUGGCGCCGCGGCGGCGGUCGUCACGUCCCAGCAGGUGCCCAAGGACGAUCUGAUGCGCGCCCUCGCCCAGUCUGAGGCGCGCGAGUUUGGUCGCCGCAGCGUUGACGACGACGACAAGGUGCCCCGGGUCAGGGUCGAGGAGGUCAAGGUCGAGGAGAGGGAGAGGGAGGAGCGCGAGGGCCGCCAGAGCCGCGAGGACCGCAAGCGCGAGCGCGAGCGUCUCCGUGAGAUUAAGCGUCGGCGCAAGGAGCUUCAGCGCGAGCAGCGUGAGCGUGAGCGCAAGCGUGAGCGCGAGGGCCGUGAAGACCGCGAGCGUGAGCAGCGCGAGCAACGCGAGGGUCGUGAAGACCGCGAGCGUGAACGCGAGCAGCGUGAAGGCCGCGAAGACCGCGAGCGUGAGGGCCGCAAGGACCGCGAGGUCCGUGAGCUUCGCGAAGAUCGCGAGCGUGAGCAGCGCGAGGCUCGCGAGGACCGUGAGCGUGAGCAACGCGAGGGUCGCGAGGAGGCGCCGGCCAGGAUCCCCGAACUCCAGGCUGACCGUCACCGGAUGCACGAGGUCGUCAACAACAACAACGAGGCCGACCUGGGCUGCCACAGCUGCGGCUGCAAGGAGCCCGGCUGCUGCAAGUGCCCGCCCAAGCCGACCAAGACGCCGUGCCCGCCCAAGCCCACCAGCAAGACCAAGGUCACCAAGACGCACACCAUGACCAGCUGCGAUCACCACAACCCCAAGUGCCCUCACCACACCAAGACCAAGAAGCCCACGAGCCCUUGCACCACGGGCAAGCCGGGACACCCGCACCCGCCCCCCAAGCACGGCCACAACUCGACCAUGCCUCACAAGCCUCACCACCCGCCUCCCCACAAGACCGAGAAGCCCGGCCACCCAGGCCACCCCGGUCACCCUGGUCACCCUGGGAAGCCCACCAACAACCCCGGCAAGCCCACCAACCCCGGCGGCCACCCGGGCAAGCCUACCCACGUCCCCGUCAACAGCGGACACAGCAUCGUCGCCUCGGGUCUUGGCCUGGCCUUUGCCGUCGCGGCAGCUUACUACCUGCUCUAA